GUCUGAAGAGCGCUGCGGAGAUGCUGGCGGAGGCGAGGGAGCGGCGGAGGAGGCUGGACCUGGCCAUCCGGGGGCCUCCCAGCUGCAAGCUCCUGGUCACCGGUCAGGAGCGGGUCGCCUCCCUCAUGGACGCCCUCUCCGUCUCGGAGUUCAUCUCCCUCUUUGGCCGCCUCUGCGGGGUGCCCCCCGCCGCACUGGGACUGCCGCCUCCGCCGCCAGGCGCCUCCGCCGGCGCAGCGGCUCAGGCCGCCGCCGCCGCGGCUGCGCUGCUGUCGGGUCUCCCCCGCGGCGGCGCCACCGCUCCCUCGCCGCUGCGCUGCCUGCAGCACGCGGUGGUGUGGGGUUGCGAGGACCCGCUGCUGGAGGAGCUGUAUGUGGCGCUGCUGAGGUUCCUGGUGUCGCAGUGGCUGCGCACUGGCGGCCCCAGCCUGGCCGGGCGGCUGAAGCGCUGGCUGCGGCUGCUGGCGGCCCCGGGCUGCUGGCCCGAGGUGCUGCGGAGGUACCUGCUGCUGUCGCGCUCCCACGUGACCCUCAGCCCGGCGGACCUGGUGGACCUGCGCUACCCGCUGCUGCCGGACGAUGUCAUGGCGGUGCAGGCUGCCUUGUCGCUGUCCCGCGCGCCCUUCUUCCUGCACCCCCCCUCCUUCCACCUGCGGCUGCUGGCCACCCUGUGCAACGACGCGGCGGGCUGCGACGGCGCGCGCUCCGAGAUCAGCAGCCGGCAGGACGCGCUGGAGAAGCUGCAAGUGAACAAGUACCACUCGGAUGCGGAGCACCGCAAGCGGGAGAAGGCCCAGCAGCAGCAGCGGAGGGCGGCGGAGCGGCAACGGCGGCAGCAGCUCAUGGCAGCAGCGGCGGCGGCAGCUGGCGGAGGUGCCGCCGCCGCUGGUACGGAAGGGCACCCUGGCGGUGGCGACGAUGCCGGGGGCGGACGGGCCGCCGGCGGCGGGCGCGGUCGUGGCCGCGGGCGAGGGAGAGGGCGCGGCCGGGGACGCGGGCGCGGCUCGGCGCAGCAUGCGGCGGCGGAGGGACAGCUUGACGGCGGCGGCGGCGCUGACGUCAACGACCCGACGGCGCCGUCGCUGCUGACGUCAGCGCCGUCGGCCAACAUGAGCCAAGGUCUGGCGGACUCUGCCGCCGCCGCCGCCGGCGGUGGCGCUGACGAUGAUGAUCACGCCGGGGAUGUGGAGGCUGUGGGAGCUGCGGCGGAGGCGGUGACGCCGCCGCCGCACGGCAGCUGCGGCGGCGGCGGUGCCGUACCAUCAGUGCCGUCAAUGGUGCCGCCGGGUCCCCCGGGCGGUGGGCUGUGCGGAGAUGAGGAUGAUGAGCUGGGCGACUCGGCGGGGGAGGAGGGGGAGGACUCGGCAGGGGAGGAGGGGCUCGGGGCUGGCAUGGGGCCCCGCCGCAAGCGCUCCCGCGGCGCCUCCGAGGCCGAGCUGCGCGCGCGCGAGGAGGAGUGGUUUGCGCGCGACAACGCGCACGAUGCGGAGCUGCGCAAGGUGGCGGUGCGCAUGGAGCCGCUGGGGUGCGACAGGUACCACCGUCGCUACUGGCUGCUGGGCGGCGCGGGCCCGCUGCUGCUGCUGGAGGACAGCUGCCAGCACGAGCAGGGGCUGGGGCUGCGGCCGGAGCAGCGGACCGCGCAUGCGCUACACGUGGCAGCGCGCCUGGGGGCGGAGGCAGGGGCCCCUGCUGCCGCAUGUGGAGCAGCUGCAGCGGCAGCAGGGGGGCCGCAUGCGGGUCCUGACAGCCACCAGCAGCAGGAACAACCACAGCCCCAGGAGCAGCAAGGGGCGUUGCAAGGUCCUGGCACCGCUGCCCCUGUUGCUGUGGCUGCCCCUGCAGCAGGUGCCGCUGCCCCCCCUCAGCCCUCCCUGGGUGUGGUGAGCAGUCGGGAGGAGCUGGAUGCGCUGCUGGAGGGACUCAACCGGCGGGGACCCAGGGAACGCGAGCUCUUUGCCGUCCUCCGCCGCAAGUACGCACAGCUGGUAGCGGCGUUGCUGCCGCCGCCGCCACCGCCGCCUCCGCCGCCGCCGGAGCCCUCCCAGCCGCCGACGCCGCCCACACCGCCCACUCCUUCCACGGAAACGGAGGACAUGGGCGUCGGAGGGCCGCGACCGCCGCUGCCGGGAAGGGCAGCGGCGGUGGUAGCCGCCGCCGCGGCUGCCGCUGCAGCGGCGGCGGCUGCGCAUGCCAGGCUUAAAGCCGCGGCGGCGGCGGCAACGAAGGCACCGAAGGCGGCGGCAGACGGUGAAGACGACACGGAUUCCGAGGCGACUCAGUCCCUAGAUUUGCCGGGUGUCGUACGUGCCGGUGGAGGCGCUGCUGCCGCCGCCGUUGCUGACGACGAACACGACAUGGAGGUUGACUCUAAGCCGCCGCCUCCGUCGCUGCCGCCACCGUCAUCGUCCUCGCACCCCCAACCAGACGCAUUGGCAGCUGUCAAGUCGGAGGCUGUCGGGGCGCAGCAGCAGCAGCAGCAGCCGGCUGCAGCGGUAGCUGUGAAGGUGGAGGCAGCUGGGGAGGUGCUUCCGGCGCCGGGGGCACCAGUUGUGAAGGCGGAGGAGGCGCCGCCCAGCGGUGCAGCGCCGGGGCCGCAAGGGGCCGCCCCCUCGGGCGCUGCUGCCGCCGCCGCUGUCCCCUUCGGUCCCAACGGCGUCAAAACCGAGGAGCCUACUGCGGGCUCCUCUGCCCCCAUGGAUGUGAAGGAGGAGGGCUUGACAACAGCUGCUGCUGCUGCUGCAGGCGGCGAGGAGAGUAAGGAGCAGCCUGCUGCGGACCAGCAACAGCACCAAGGGAAACAAGAGCCGCCGCAGCCACAGCAGGAGGAGGAGGAGCAGGAGGAGUUGCUGCCGCCCGUGUGUACGGCGGUUUCGGAGCUGCUGGGAGGGGAGCAUGUGCCGCGGGACAGCUUCUGGUGCCGCCGGGGUCGCCGGAUCUUCCACCUGCCUGAGCUGCCGGCGGAGGUGCGACCCGCGGAGGUGGUGCAGGCUGAGAAGGUCCGCAGCGUGCUGUCCGGGGCCGCAGCCGAAGUCGACUCCAUGCUGCAAGGCCUGGCAGCGGCGGGAUUCAAACUGCCUCCGCCGCCACCUCCUUCACCCGCACCCUCACAGCCAUUAGCGGAGGCGGAGGCGACGGCUGCAGAGGAGGACGCGGGCGCAGCCGCCGCACCUGUGGCGGGCGCGGACGGCAACGCGGAGGCGGUAAUGGUGGUGGGGCACAGCGGCGGUGUCGCCGGCAGCAGUGGCAGCAGCGAGGGCGUUGAGGGCGGCAUUGAGGCGUGGCGGGAGGUGUUUCGGGCGUGCGGCGAGGAGGGCGACGCAGCGAGUCUGUGCGAGCAGUUGGCUCGGCUGGAGCCCCUGCUGUGCCGGCUGGGCGAGGGCCCGCCCCCCGGCGCCGACCACCCUUGCCUGGAGUCCCUCGCGGCGACCGAGGCGGAGUGCUUCGAGGCGGAGUUCACCCUGGCUCCCUCCGACCCCGCAUUCGAGCAGCAGUACGAGCAGCUGGUGGGGCCGAUGGGAAGAGGCACGGAGGA